UUUGGUCUUAGUGGAUUUUCGAUUUGGUCAUGACAAAGUAUCUAUUACACCAAAUGAUUCUCUAAUUCUCUUGUGUAUAUAAAUACGGAUAACUCUAACCAAGCUCUUGCAUUAUCCAUCAAGUUCCUCACUCACUCAUUGAAAAUAGAGUGAGAUCAAUUAAUAUAUAUACAUAUAUAUAAGAUGGGUGAAGAAUUGAGCUAUUGUGAGAAAGUUCGUGCAUGGUUCACAAAAUCAAAGGCAUUUUUGCUAAUAUUAAGCUUGCAAUUUGGGUCAGCGGGCAUGUACAUUAUCACCAUGGAUGCUCUAAACAAGGGAUUGAGUCAUUAUGUCUUUGUUGUUUAUCGUAAUGUUGUUGCCACUCUCGCUCUUGGCCCCUUCGCUUUUUUCCUUGAAAGGAAAGUUAGGCCCAAGAUGACACCUCGGAUAUUUGCAGAGAUUGUGGCACUGGCUUUUAUAGAGAUUAUACUUGAUCAAUGCUUCACCUUCCUGGGAAUGAAAUUAACUUCAGCAUCUUUUGCAUCUGCUGUGAUGAACUCUGUACCCUCCAUAACCUUUGUGCUGGCAAUUAUUUUUAGGAUGAAUCAGGGAGUAGUAACAUCAGCAAUACAGUUCUAUGUGCAAGGGCUGGUGAUUAAAACAACGGGUCCAGUAUUUGUGACUGCUUUCAAUCCCCUGCGUAUGAUCAUAGUCACAGCCUUCGCUUCCAUACUCCUUUCUGAGAAGCUCUACCUAGGAAGUGUUAUUGGAGGAGUAGUGGUGGUUGUAGGGCUUUAUUUGGUUGUGUGGGGAAAAUCUAAAGAGAAGAAAGGCGUAAAACAUGCGAUGCUGCCACCAUCCCCUGAAAAAGAAAUCCAACAACAGCAGCUACCAGUUACUGUUCCCAGAAAUUUUGAUGCCAGCAACAAUAAUAAUAAUGAUGACGACGAUGAUAAUAAUAUGGAUCAUCAACUUAUGGUCGUGGUUGGAAUCAAGAACAACGACGUUGAAGCAAGAAGAUCAUCAUCAUGUUAGUGAUCCAGCUUUUGUUCAUUUUAUGAUUAAUGGUGUUCACUGUGGCCUAAUUAAUGAAGGCCAAUAUAUAGAUAAAUCCUUCCAAAUUUUGAUAAUUUUGUGCGGAUUCUACCUUUUAAUUUCUCUUCCAUGUACUACUGUAUCAAUAAAACAUUUUUUCUUUACCUUUA